AUAAUUUACACAAAUCAACAAAGCCCGUGCCUCUUUACCUAUAACAGUAGCUAUGUUUUACUCUCUUUCCAUUUUGGUUCAUGAUGGGACAGAAAGCGUUGCUUCUUUUUUUCUGAGCGGUGCAUGAAGAGUACGUGUCUCUCGUAUACCUACACUUAAGUGAUUUGAUUAUCCUGACGAGAUGAUUUGAGAUCAGUCGACUCCUACCAAAGGUUGAAAAUACUUGUCCAUUCCUCAUUUGAUUCGUCACGACAUAGACAAAGUGUGGAAAAGGGACGAAAUGUGAAUUUUUGCAUACGAUCGCCUGAACUCGCCCUAUAAACCUGUAAAUGGCUCGGCAAAGAAUUGAACGGUGAGCAAUCUUCCACGUGACGUGACUAGAUUGAAGCAAAAACGAUGGCAUUUUGUCGGACCAGUAAUUUACUCCUGGCCAUACUCUGCGUGCUUCGUGUACAACGUGGAGGGAGUAUAGAUGCAUCACUUCAGCCUUUAGACCCUGUGAUUCGGGUCGGAGGUUCACUGACCCUCUCCUGCACCCUCAACCAUGGAGACAACAACAAUAGGACGUCACAAUCCAUUCAAUGGACUAAACACUCCUCUCGUAUCCCAGCAUCUCAGUACGCCACGCCCAAUGUAUCUACGUCACUACUACACUUGCAUAACGUCACCAUUGCAGAUGCAGGAAAAUAUUACUGCCAAUUUGAGGAUGAUGACGAGUGGACGGGAAAACAAGGCGUUCACGUUUAUAUCGGAACACCACCUGAACCAGUGAAGAAUGUAACGUGUGAAGCUCAAACCUUGACUACUUUUUGGUGUAAAUGGGACAACCAUCAUCAUCCUAACACCAAUCUCGCUGUCAGAGACACACUUCAGUUUAGACCAUAUUUUGGCCAAUGGCGAACAUGCAGGCUGACAGAGCAGAAUAGAUGUGAAGGUAUCUGCGGCGACUACUACGAAAUGUUUGAAACCCGUGUUAUUUCUACCAAUGUACUUGGAAAUGCGUCUCUACACGAGCAGUUUAUCUUGAACGAAAUCCUUCGUCCAGAUCCUGUUCGAGAUGUCAGCAUGACUGCGCUCGAGCCAGGAUGCUUAACGGUGACCUGGCAGCUACCUGAAGGAUGGGAUGGAGGGAUUUUGUUUUUCUUGACGAACUCCAUUAGGUAUCGAGAUUUGCAUCACCCAACAUUGCACUCACAGUGGACCGAGGUGAACCUUACAUCGAAGGGUAAAAACUACACACUUUGCCAAUUAAGGUCCUACGCCACAUACGAAGUAGUGAUUUCAAUAUGGAGUAUACUCAACGAACGUUUCAAAUUGAAAUCGUGGUCUAAGCCUGUUACAGCUAGAACUCAAAUGACAGCUCCGUCCGCGGCGCCCCGAAACCUCACCCUGAACUCAUCAUUGGAAACCCCCACUUGGAUCUCAGUCACGUGGUCUCCAAUGGAUGCACUGGAAGAAAAUGGCGUCAUCUUGGAAUAUUUGAUAUACUCCUGCACAUUGAAUGCUUCUUAUCCACAGACUUUUGUAGAAGAGUCUGUCAGAAGCAGCAACGACUAUGUAGAGUGGACGAGUCUCUUCUGCUUGGAUGAAAUACGAGUCGAAAACAUGAACAUAACACAAGAGGAAGACCAGUAUGACCUGAUUGAAUACACCCUGAUCGACUCCGAAGCAGGGCAGAGUUAUCUGGUAUGGGUGAGCGCUGUCAACUUCGUAGGGGAGGGACCCUUGACUGAACCUGGCAUGAUUGCUCUCCCAAGCAUUCCAGAAAGUAAAAGAAGAGGAAGAACAGGUGCCAUUAUCGCGUCAGCUAUUACCAUCUGUCAGGUGAUUUUCAUCAUUGGUCUAUGUUUGUGCUGCUGGCAAGCUGGGAUGGAUCCAUUCAAAAGAAAUCGACGUCUACCUCAGCCCUAUAUCCCGCCUGAUGUCCUAGCCAUGAAGCAAGAGGCAUUGACUCCUAGACCACCCUGCACUGGUGAGUUCUUCAAUGAACUUUGUGAGUACAAGGAAGACAAGUCGUUACUCGAAGACCAGUCACAGCUCGCUCCAACAAUGGUUAGCAACAGCGGAGGUUCCAGCGUUGAUCAUGGUUUCUAUGACAUGCAGAGUAGUAGCAGCAACAGUGGAAGUGGAUCAUCAUCAUGUUCAUCGUCUCAAUACAAUUCGUCCCAUUACCACAGUAUUUCCACCUUGAGCUGUAGUGUAAACCUGACAGGCAACAAACAAAUUGUAUUGAUGAAAGACCCUGAAACGGGCUAUUCAGUAGCAACAUCGGUAACUGACAAAUGUGACGUACCUUCAGAAAAUGAUAACACGCAACCUUUAUUAAUCAUGAACGGGAAUUAUGGCAUAGCAGAAGAGGAGGAGGAAGAUGAAGACAGCGAAGGUUACGUCAAUCCCAACGAUGUUGAACCUGGUACAGUAGGUGUCUCACGGAUAAUUCUGAAGGGAAAUGUGUACAAUAAACCCAGCACGAGGCAUAGAUACCAAUCGAGUCAAAGUGACACUUCGACUGUCUUGACUUCUCUGAGUGAUCAGGGGUUUGGAAGUGCAGACAGUGAUCCAGAUUCUCGACAGGUCAGUCCCACGGAAACAACUUCUCCCUUGUUUCCAGAGCUCCUACCUUCGAAACAAGACAUAAUGGAUUCAAAUGUUGACACGAACGACAAUGCAGACUACUUUGGUCUGGAUGAAAUCGAAAGCAUAUGCAGUUCCAUGGCGUCCUCAAGGUAUAGGUCGUCCAAUGGCGAAGAUUUCCCUUAUAGGUUACCGUCAGUAACGCAGUAUCGUAGGAAAUCCAAGUCGUCCAACAAGAGCUCGGGAAGUGAAAGUGACAUCUUUUCAGGUUACAUGUCUAUGGCGACCAAAGAAGAAAGCGACAAUGACUACGGAUAUGUUUCAAAGGAUCGUGAAAGUGGUGCACGAGAAGGUUACGAAACGGCAUAUGUGUCCAAUCAAGAAAAGGUCAAUGCCAUAUCCACUUAUGAUAUGAGUGAGUUCGGUUCAGAAGCACAUCCAUCUGUAAAUAAAACCAUGAGAACUGAACCCUUCUCCAAUUCAUCGUCAGGAGAUAUCAUCACUGGAGAAAACCGCCAAAGUCCCAUCUGCAUUACGAUACCAAAAACAUUUAGUCCUUCCUCUUCCGGGUCGUCACCUUGCCCCUCUGUAGCUUCCUCUCCUACCUCCAUUGUCUCUGAAAUGCCAUCGGUACUUGCAGACAGACAGAAUCUAAUCGCAAGAGAUUUUGAGGAAAAAGUAGCUUCCUCCCCUAACUCCACUGUCUCCGAAAUGCCAUUGGUACUUGCAGACAGACAGAUUCUAAUCGCAAGAGAUUUUGAGGAAGAAGGGGUUCCUUCAGAUCUGAUACGUGCAGGCCCUGCUCUUCCUCCCGACUCAUCGGACGAUCAUCAAUCAGGGGAGGGUGAGUGUGGUGGUAAAAAGGAUGGAUAUGUCUCACACGUGGAAGCAACCAAGAUGUCAGCAACCAAGAUGUCAGUCAUCCAAUCUCGCAGACUUCCUGAAAUGAUCAAAUCAAAGGAGACUCCACCAGGAUCGUCAAUCCGGCUACGUACAGAAGACAACCAUCCAAAGAAAGCAUCACUGCGCGAUAUAUUGUUCACUGAUCCUGUAUCAGGUUACGUAAGCAAUGCAGUUUUUACAUGAAACAACUUUACCUG